ACGUGCGACGACGCCGGCACACAACGUGUUUACGUAAUAACUCAAAAUCGAUUAUCAAUACGCGAUCGUCCGUCACAUACUUUCCCGCGUAAUUUUUAUUAUCAGUGCAGUGUUUUCUUUACGUUCGGCCUUUGGAUUUUGUUCGAGCUUUUAGCAAGGUCUUACAAGACAUCAAGAGCUACCGUGGUCGCAAGCCCCUCGGCAGCUCGGCCGUAGCCCCCGUCGGCCUGAGCCCCGGUCUGCCGGCUGCUGCAUCCCCCGGGCCUGCCGCCCCAGCAGCACCUAGCCCCGCGCCUGCUACCACACCCACCAUGAAGCAGGAGCAUCCCACACAACCGAUGUAUAUUGUGUUACAGGCGCCGAUGCCGUUCUACGCGGGGGAUCCUAACAGAUUCCCAACUACCUGGCAAACAGACCCCUCUCAAGGGUGGCAGAAUCAGUUUAUCCAACAACUUCCCACACAAGCUGGUCAAACGACUCUCGACUACCAAGGCAAUCACACGCAAUACGCAACGUCACCUCACUAUCAAGCAAACACAACGUACACCGUCCAAAAUGUUGCGACGACAUUUGACGUCACCAAUAACACUUACUACCAAACAGGCGUCCAAGCAGUUCCGGCAGCUCGGCCCCCAUCUAACCGGGGUGCUUACACGCCAGUUCCAUCACCGAGAGCACCACAUUAUACCACGGAAUAUCAACAGCAGUAUGCGCAACAAGCUCCCACCACUGGAGUCACAGCUGGAAAUGACUCGAGACCAGCCUCGGCUGCUUCUUAUCAGAGUUCAGUUUCAACAACUGCGACACCAGUAUACACUGUUAGCCAACAGAGUUAUGAUAGAUCUGAAUACACAACUGAUCAUUCCGAAGAUUAUAAUGGUGGUGAAAGUGCAUCAAGUGACACAAACAAUGAAGACAGACAAGAACAAAAUACUCAGAAUGCACAGCAUUCGGGAAACGCCAAGCCUGGAUACCUGCAGGGGAGCAACGGUCCGCGAGCUUCACUCGAUUGUAGCGGGUAUUCGGGCGGCUAUACAAGCGGACAACAUUCCGAAAACAGCCAAACGCAAAAUCAAAACGAUUGGCAACAACGACAAUGGCAGCAUAACCAAAGAUUACAAAACCAAAUGCAAAAUCAACAAUUACAAAAUCAGCAGCAACAAAUACAAAAUCAAAUCAACUAUCAAAAUCAACAGUUGCAAAACCAACAAAUGCAAAGUCAGCAAUUGCAGAGUCAACAGAUGCAAAACCAACAGAUGCAAAACCAACAAAUGCAAAACCAACAAAUGCAGAAUCAACAAAUGCAAAAUCAACAUGUGCAAAAUCAACAACGGCAAACACAACAAGCACAACUGCAAAAUCAGCAAAUGCACAACCAGCAAAUGCAAAAUCAACAAUUACAAAAUCAGCAAAUUCAGAAUCAACAAAUGCAGAAUCAGCAAAUACAGCAACAGCAAAUACAAAACCAACAACUACAACAACAACGACAAGAUGAAUCAGAACAACAACUGUUUUCCCAAUCAGACAGGGUAAAUUUGAAUUCAAGAUUAAAAACAAUGAUAUUAAAUAAACAAAAUCACACACGAGAUGGAAACAACACUCCUCCUGACAAAGGCGACCCGGGUGAGGGACCACCUCGAGGAUUAGACGAUAGAAAGGGUGGAGUCACUGAUGACAGAAAUACUACCGGUCAUUUUUUAUCGUAUAGCCACCAUCUCCGAACAAAUUACCGCAUAGGCGAUCAGGUUUAUCCUGCCGCUGGUAAUUAUUUACAAAAUGCCCAGACUUAUAGUUCGGGUAAUUUCGGAGGUGGUGGCCACCACGUAUGGGAGGGGGGGACGCAAGUCUCGAGAGAUUAUGAAAAGUGUAAGUCUAAUAUAAGUACUAAUGAACUUAAAACGCCUCAAAAGCUGCCAUCUUAUGCAGACGUAAAACGACACUAUAACUUCACAGAUAUGCAUUACAAUGCGUGUCGACAAACAGAAACGUUUAAUAAUGAUGAAAAUUAUAAUCAGCCAAGUGAUAACAAAGACUUUCAGUCUAAAAUGACUAUUGGGCCAGUCUCUGAAUCAAACCAGCAAAAUAGUAACUCUGUUCGCGGCAUAAAUGUUUCGAAAAGAAUUUACGAAAAAGAUACAAUAGAAACCAACUAUAAGAAUUUACAAACACCUAUAAUACCUAAGCUUGAAAUUCCUGAAAAUUAUCCGUAUACAAAAGAGGAAUGCAUAAAAUUCGAAAGCUCUAGGUUGAUUGGUCAAAGUUCCUUAUUGAAAACUGAAAAAGUAGGUGACAACAUGCUCCGAGAGUAUUCUAAUGGUUGUAUUUCAAGAUCACAACUACAUAUUCUACCACCAAUAGCUACUAUUAAAAAUGAAAUUUUUCCUGAGAUAUCACAAAACUGUAAUAAUGUAAUUUUUCCAAAUAAGAGAAUUGAAAAUUUUCAAAAUUUUUCACAAAUACAUCAAAAUAUGCAAGGAAAUAUGGCAUUUAAAAUUUACAGUCGAGGUCCUGACGCAAAAUCUUGCAAAGAAACGGAAAACAAAAGUAAUACUGGAGGUGAUAGUCCAUUUGAACCUAAACCCCCUUAUUAUAUUGAGCAAAUUAAGUCCGAGAACUCGCCACCUGGUCAUAAAAUUUAUAAAAAUUUAAUCUACUGUCCCUCUAGACACGAACCUUAUGUGUUUGCCGGUGACGGUGGACCCGUAGCAAUAAAAGACGAGGUUGGGUAUGCUUGCUGUAGACAAGGGUCCACGACAAAACCACCACCAGAACAUUUAAGAGAUGGGGCGUGUCCCGGCCUUCAAACCAAAGAUGAAAUUCUAGAUGAUGAUCCUGACACAGUAGAAAAAUCUGACCCUAAGGUUCCACUAAAACCUGGCACGCCUGUUAUUGAACCGUACCCGAAAUCAUCUAAACAAAAUCAGUUUAAUUACUCAAAAGAAUAUCUAGACAAUUUAGAAAGACUACGAAAUAAUUCGCGAACGGAAGUUCCUGAUUGCAAUUGUUUUCCUGCUGACAAAAACCCACCAGAACCUGGAAGUUAUUACACACAUUUGGGCGCUGCAUCAUCUUUAGCCGACCUAAGAAAAGAUUUAGAAGCUAGGACUGGAUUGUCGGAAAAAGAAUUGCGUAUAGAAAAAAUUUGUUACACAGGCAAGGAAGGUAAAACUGCGCAGGGUUGUCCAAUGGCAAAGUGGGUUAUACGGAGAGCGAAUUAUACUGAAAAAGUUCUGGUUGUUGUGAAAUUCCGAAAUGGUCAUAAAUGUGCAACGUCUUGGAUAGUUGUGUGUUUGGUUGCUUGGGAAGGUAUACCACAAUCUGAAGCUGACUUAGACUACACACUGCUUUCUCACAAACUUAACAGAUAUGGCUUGCCAACGACAAGGCGAUGCGCAACCAAUGAGAACAGGACUUGUGCAUGUCAAGGAUUGGACCCAGAGGCAUGCGGCGCUUCCUACAGUUUCGGUUGUUCAUGGUCCAUGUAUUAUAAUGGAUGCAAAUACGCCCGUUCAAAAACAGUCCGAAAGUUUCGACUUUCGGUUAAAACAGAAGAAAGCGAGAUUGAGGAGCGCAUGCAUGUUCUAGCCACACUACUGAGUCCUUUGUACAUGAACUUAGCACCUAAAUCCUUUGAAAACCAAUGCCAAUUUGAAAAGGAAGCAUCUGACUGUAGAUUGGGAUUCAAACCUGGACGGCCAUUUUCCGGCGUGACCGCGUGUAUAGAUUUCUGCGCACAUGCGCACCGUGACCUCCAUAAUAUGAAUAACGGUUGUACUGCUGUAGUAACGCUUGCAAAACAUCGAAACCUUAACAAGCCACCAGACGAACAAUUUCAUGUGCUGCCCUUGUAUGUUCUUGAUACUACAGAUGAAUUUGGAUCCAAGGAGGGGCAAGAUGAGAAAAUAAGAAAUGGUUCAUUAGAGGUCUUGGACAAAUAUCAAAUGGAAGUCAGAGUAAGAUCAGUACCGUUGCAACCAUGCAGGCGUCACGGAAAGAAACGUAAAGAUGAAGAUAAUUCGGAAUCGAAUAACUCAGCAUCCAGUACCCCUCAAGCCAGUCCAAAUCAAAAGAAAUGUUCUACACCUGCACCUAAAACACCACAGCCGAAUGAUGCUAGAAAUAAUGCUAGCCCAAGAAGUCAAAGUAGUACAUCGCCACGCGCGCCCACACCAGCGCUCAACCAGUCGCCAUUUCCACCUAAUCCUAAUAAUCCUCACUACAACUCGGCCUUUGUAAAUCCAAAUAUGCAUAAUGCUAAUUCCAACCUACUAAAUAAUAAUAUGAGUAACCCAGCAUUGUUGGAUAUGGCCUCUAUGAUUGAUAACUUUACCGAUGCUCAGUUACAGAGCAAUCAAAUUUCUAGCACGGUUUUAGAUUCUCCAUAUAAUUCGUACGAUCAAAGCUAUAACAUCCAUAAUACAAGCGCUAUGUUUCAUCCAAACCAACUUUCACCAAUGGUUGACAAUAAUAACCAAAACACAACUACAAAUCAACUGCCGAGCUUUGCUUCUGGAUUACAAAAACGUGAACAACAAUAUAAUCCACCAAAUAUUGGGCACGGCCAAGCUAUACAAAACAGUUGGCCUGAUUUUCCUCACAGUGAAUUAUUCAAUAAUGCUGUUAAAGAAGAUCCAGAUUCAACGACUGCUAAUUUAAAUUUGGCUAAUAAUUUCAGUCCGGACUCUAACAGAAGUGAAUCUACCUCAGACCUAAGUAACAAACAAAGUACGGGCCUGAACAAGAAAAAUUUAUUGGGAGAUUUUUCCCAAAAAGCCAAUGAGUUCGAUAUACCUACAUCACCAAGAUUAAGCGAUAUGUCUACGAAAUCACAGAGUACACCUGCAUCACCAGCUUCCUCGCAAAUUUCAGAUUUACGAUCACCUAAUAGUGAUACCAAUUCUUCAGAAAUUCGCAAAAGUGUAUGGAGAUCACCAGAGCCAAGAAAUUGGGACCCAACCAAAUCAAAAGACUUGGGAGUGGAUAACGAUAACUACGUUUUUAGGGUUCCAAAAGCAAGACCACCUUCACGAUCACUAUUAAAUCCACCAGAUGCAGUCGACCAUUCAACAUUUUUAAAACCAUACCCUCCAUCUGAUAAGCCUCACCUCAGUCAGGGGUAUGAACACAGGAGUCCAUACGACAUUCGACAAAAUAAUAUGCAAAAUGCAACAAAUCAGACAAAUUUUACAAUAAAUCAUGAUGAUUCGAAUCAAACCACAGCCAUGGCCAACAAAGCCGUUUCAGAAGCUCCAUCGAAUAACUACCAACAAGUUAACCAAAAUAGUUGUAGCAAUCCACCACCAGCCGUUCAAAGCUAUGCUAACUAUCCUACUGUUGGUAACGCGUAUGCCUACCCAGGAAAUCCUUAUGGCCAUUUCAAUCCAUAUGAAAACUCAUACAACGAUUAUAAUAGCCUUGCAUAUUAUAACGCUGAGAAAUACAAACGGGAAGAGAUGAUUAGAAACGCUCAUUAUAAUUCCUACGGUUAUCAGUAUAAUCCAAACUUCGCACCCAAUUUCUAUCAAAACCCCAAUACUAAUACAAACUGGUGUCAGUCUUCACCCAAUUGGUGUAUCUAUCCACCACCAUUUUCUAUACCGUAUCCUCAAGAAGCUCCUAAAGCGGAACCCAUUGGGGAGGUGACAGGUUUAUCUGAUAAUAUAGAAUGCUUUAAAGACAGUCAGAUGGGCGGAGUCGCAAUAGCUUUAGGUCAUGGAAGUGUUUUAUUUGAAUGCGCAAAACACGAAAUGCAUUCUACCACAUCAGUUAAGAGUCCAAACAGAGCUAACCCGACAAGAAUUUCACUAGUUUUCUAUCAGCACAGAAAUUUAAAUCGGCCAAAACAUGGCCUUGAAGAAUGGGAAGAGAAAAUGAGGCUCAAAAAACUUGGUCUAACUCCCACUACACAAAGUAUACCCGCCUCUAAUUCUAACACGACGUCACCGGCUUCAACUCCUGGAUCCGAACAAAAACAAAUAACCUCCAUAGAGAAAUGGAAAAAUAAUGAGAAUUAUAUACCUGGAGGGUAUAGUUCACUGUCUGCAUUAGUCGAGGCGACCAACAAAGCCAAGAAGAGUAGACAAAUAUUAUUGAGAGCAGAGACGCAGACGACUAUGUCAUGGACUACCUUAUUUCCGAUGCAUCCGUGUACAGUCACUGGACCGUAUCAAGAAUCUGGCACCUGACGUAAGCCAGGCCCGUCGGGCCAAUAUUUUUCCAAAAGAUGAAAAUUAUUUCCCUAGCUAUGUAAGAUAUGUUGCCUUUUGAUCUAGGUCUUCUAGAGAAAUGUGUUUUCCAAAAUCGUUCUGUAGUUCCUCGUUUUUUAGAUUUAAUAUAAGCUCUCAUAUUUUCGCGACAGACUGGUCCAAUGUUCCCGCGAAACUCCAUUUAAUGUAAGUUGGAAUUGACUACCAAUAUACCAAUUUUGAUAAACGUAUUUUUUGAAAUAAAAUCACAAUGCUACCAAUCAAAGAUAUAUUUUUAGUUUUAGUAGUGUAUCGCAUUUCAACUAGUCUUACGUUACUACGUUAGUAUCGAAUCGUAUUGUUUAAGAUAAUUCUAGUUUUUUUGUAUAUUCUUGUAUUUUAGUUUAACCAGCGUUUUACGAAAUUCUAGUUUAAAUUUGUCUGCAUAUUUUGACAGUUUGUUUUUAAACGCAUUCAGAAUAUGAUGCGUUGCAUUGAUCUCAUAAACUAAUAAUCCUACAAUUUAUUAUUCAGAGCAAAAGUACAAACAAUAUUAAUUUUUUAUGUUCUGUAUCUGUAACGAAUACGAUAUGAGCAGGCGGAGAGAACGGAUCGCGGCGCACUUGCUGGACGGAAGGUUAAUAUUUAUAUUUUUGUACUCUUGUUUGUGUUUGGUUACAAUCGUACCACCAUUCCUUUACGUCAGAGGUUGUUUGAACGUUCUCAACGUAUCACAAAUCUAUUUGCGUGCUUUUCUAUUAGGUUAAGUCGUGUGUAUUUUUAACUUUUUAGAAUAUUUAACUUAUUUAUAUUGUAUUACGUGAACGAUUAUAAAAUCAUUUUCUUUGUAAUAAUUUAGUAUUAUUCUAGGUAUUAAUAUCUAAUAUAUUUGCUUUUACAAGUAUGACAUUAAAUUAUUAGUUAGCUGUUGUUUGCAUGUUUCAUUAGCCUUCUUUACUUUCAAAUCGAGUGCCUGUGUCUGGAUUCGACCAGAAUAUUAUCUGUAUAUUGUUAUAUAAUGUAUAUUAUAUAAUAAUUUUCGAACUUUAAAAUUGUGACCUUAUAUAGUUUACGAAUGGAAAAUACUUUUUCUAAUUUAAGCGAUGAUAAAAAAUUUAUAAAUAAAAAAUGAAUUAAUAAAUUACCUAAGUCUAUAUAUUAAUAUAGUUUGCAAAAAAAUUCAGGCGCUUGGAAAGAUUAUAAAGUAGGCAUUAUAUUGAAAAAUGAAGGACAACAUACCGAUGAAUAGUUAUUAUUAAUAUAUAAUUAGAUUAAGAAAGUUUGUUUUAAAGAUUAAACUAUUCAUAUAGUUUAUAUUUUUUACGUGUACGUAUUUAUUGAAUGGUAAAUUUAUUGGACGAACGUGAAAUUAUUUAUAGGUUUAAAAGUUUUGGAGGACAAAACUUAAAAAUAAGCAAUAAUAGACAGUCGCGGUCUAUGUACAUUGUAAUUGUAGGAGUGAAAAUAUUAUUAUUAUAAAAGAAUGGUGCGAAUGUAUCGUCGAACUUAAUAGGGCGUGAUUGGUAAUAAUUGUGACCGGAGCCUCAGUUGUUCUCAAUUCUGAUAUUAUUUGUGCUGUUGGUAUUGCCGUAUCUUGCCAUGAGGCUGCGUUGUGUGAUAAGACAUAUCAAUGCCACGAGCGUCAUCACAUUUCGAUCAUCUCACUGACUUCGAAUACCUCAACUUGUCUAAAGACUACUAUUACAAAUUUAUUGAGUUACGGAUUAUUUUUACGUCAGACUGCAUUCAAACCACUGACCUGUAUAAAUACUACUGGACAGGUUGUUCCAUGUGUUUGACAGCAAUUUAUUUGUGCCUAUUUUAAGCGCCACUCGCGAGCGUCCAGAGAACUAAUUUGGCUGCGAGAGAAACGCACAAUACUCUAUGUAUUUUUGCAUUUUGAAUUAAUUUCGGUCGAUUGCCUUGUUAUUUAUACUUCAGGAAUCAACGUAAUAAAGUACACUUUUUUGUGAAUAGUUUUCUUAUAGAUGUUUGUUUAGCUGCGGUUGUCAUCACUAGUUUUAGUUCCGCAGACUCUCACUACAUGGCCAACAGCGCCCAAAUGACGAAUAUCAAACAGGCACAAAAGCAUUUUGACAGCCGCCAGUUCAGUGGUAAAUAGUAGAGGUCAGUUAUUCAAACUAAGAUUUGACAAUUUACAUUAUAAGAUGAUUUUAGUUAUGUUUAGCCAAGCUUAAAAUUAUUAAUAUCAUCGUAGCAAUACUUAAUAUUAAAUACUCGUGUUUGUGUUCUAACACUAUGUUAAAUGAUAAUUGGCAAUGGCAGUCUAAAUCACCAAAAAAAUGAUUUAUAAGAAAUUGGCCAAAAAAAAAAAUAAGGAAUUUGAAUGCAGUCGUUCUAAGGUUGUAUGUAUUAAGUGAUAUUUUCGAGGAAAUGAAUCAUUAGGUGUAGAUACCUGUGAUAUACAAUUAAUUCACGUGUGUUUGACUGUAAUUGUUUGGCAAACCUAUUUCUUUUAAAGCUGUGAGAAAGUCGUAAAGUAGAGUGAAAUGAAAAUGAGAUGAAUUGUAUGUCUAAAAGAAAAUUUUUGAUGUUUUUUUUGGUUAUAUUUCUUUAUACUUUAUAGUUCUUGUUUCAAUUUAUUCAUUUAAUCAAUUUUUUUGUUUUAAAUCAUAUCACAUAAUAUAAAAUUAACGACUUUCUUUCAAAUUAAGAAAGAAAUACCCUUAAACACUUUUAUAAGGUUUUUUUGUAUUUAUAAUAUUAAUUAUGUGCAACCAAAAUGUUGAUCAGUAUUUGUGACGUAGCUAUCGUAACCAAAUAUCUUUUUUGUAAUACCAAUAACGCCGAAUGGCUUUAUUAAUGUGUGUUUUAUGUUAUUUAAGUCGUAGCGUCACGCACGCGACGCGACAUGCAUUUUGUAAUAUUUUAUCUUCUGCCAAAACAAAAGAAUGUGUCAUGUAAAUAGAACUACCAUUAUUUAUUAAUACAAUAAUUUAAAAGACA